AUGGAGGAGGUAUCCAAGGUGGUUCUUAAUGAGAAUUGUUCAGCCGCAAUGUUGAACAAAUUGCCAAAGAAGAUGGGUGACUCAGGUACUUUGACUUUGCCAUGCCAAUUUGAGAACUUAGCUACUAGUUCUGCAUUGGCUGAUUCGGGAGCGAGUGUUAACGUUAUGCCACAACCAUUCUUUAAGAAGCUGAACCUUGCGGAGUCGAGACCAAUUCGAAUGGCAAUUCAUCUAGCAAACAAGACGGUGACAUUUCCAAGGGGGAUAUGCGAGGACCUAUUGGUAGAAGUUGAUAAAUUUGUAUUUCCUGCGGAUUUCAUAGUGAUAGAUAUGGAAGAACAUCGUCAAGUGCCAAUCAUUCUUGGACGACCUUUCCUAAACACCGCAAGUGCCAUAGUGUACAUAAGAGAAUCCGAACUUACCAUUCGGGUGGGAGAAGAGUCAGUUACUUUUGGAGUUGAUCGAGCCAUGAAACAUUCUAAGUUAAGUGAUGAGAUAGCCUUCUCGAUGGACACUUUGGAAGAACUAAUGGAAGAAUGGAAAGAGGACAAGUGA